GUUCAAAACCCUGUCACAGAUAUCAGUCACAGCUGAAAUGUAAAGCUCGAAAGAUCACACAGGAUACAUGGAAACAAAGCUGUAGUCUCCUACCAGAGAGGUGUAGAAAUGAGGUGACUUUCUCUUACACUCCUCUUGUGUUAGAUACAGACGUGCCUUCAUCUCUCUCUAAAAUCAAAAUGAAGAGCAAAAGAUGCAAGAAAGCUCGCCCUAAAAAGCUAAAGAGCUUCAUCCCCAUGGCCAAACAGGAAACGUCCCCGGCUGACCUGCUUAAAACACCCAAGAGAAGGAUCCUCUUAUUUGGAAAACCUGGAAUUGGAAAGACAGCAGUCGCCCAUCAAAUGUUGAAGCUCUGGGCAGAGGAAGAUCAUAGAGAACUAGAUUACAUGUUUUAUUUUGAUGUGAGAGACAUUUCCCCCAGCACAAAUCCCAUGAGACUUGAGGACCUUCUCUUUAACAUGUACAGUGAGCCAGAAGAAAGUAGAGAAGAAGUGUUACAGGAUAUUAAGAAGAACUCUGAAAACGUUGUCAUCAUUUUUGAUGGAAUCACAGACCUCUCCUUUCAUUCAGUAAUAAAGAAACUUGUAGGCAAGGACCUCCUCCCUGAUGCAAAGAUUGUGAUCACAUGCAGACCAGAGGUUCCAUCAGGAGACUUCCUGACAGACUGGCCCUCGUUCCGAGUGGAGGUGAAAGGGUUUAGUAAUGAGUCCAUCCGGGCUUACUUAACAAAGAUGCUAAGUGCUGAGCCUAACCCUACGCCAAACCAUGACUCCUUGAGCAGUGUGUUAAGCAACCUAGAGUUGUUCAGUCUGUGCCAUGUCCCGAUGUAUGCAUUGAUGGUGGUUGCCUGCGUUUAUUAUUCUACCCCAGAGGCUUCUAAGCAGCCAUGCCCUACAACUAAGAUGUACGUCAACAUCCUCCGUUACUGCAUCCUAAAACACAGUGGCAAACAGAUGAAUGAUCUUGACAAGUGUCUCAUAGAAAACAGAGAAAAAAUCUUGUCUUUAGCAAAAAUUGCAAUGAAACAAUGAACUUGACAGAACUGAGCUGCGAAGUAAGCAGUGUCCAGUUUUCUUUCUUGGGGGCGCUUAUGAUUAUGGUCGAGCCCACAGUAUCGGACACUUACUCUGCAUUUCUCCAUUACACAAUGCAGGAGUUCGUUGGUGCCCUUUGGCUCUUACAGAAUCCAGACAAAAUCAGAGAGUUUCUACAGAAGUGCCAGACUGAAGAAUGGAAACACACAAAACACAUGGUUCCUUUCAUGUGUGGGCUUCUGAAUGAGAGGAAUAUUCGAUUGGUAAAUGGUCUUGUUCCAGCUCAACAGAUCAAGGAGACGUCAGAUUGGUUCUUCAAGGAAGUGGUGAACACAUUUCUUCCACUUCAAACAAACCAAGAUCAUGCAGAAGGUGGUGCUCCUGAGUUUGAGGUAGAUCUUCUGUUUUUAUGUCAGUGCUUGUAUGAAUCUCAGUCUACUGAGGCCUGUUUGCUUCUUCUGGACAAACUGGACUACAAUCUACACCUGGAUGAAGAACAUCUUGAUCCUCACCAGUGCUGUGCAGUCUCCUAUAUGAUCAGUCAGUCUGCAGAGAGAAAGGUUGACUUGGACCUGAACAGCUGCACUGUGUCAGACCAAGGACUAAGGCUGAUACUGGGCUCUCUGAAGAAUGUCCGAUAUCUCAGAUCUGACCCCUCAAUGCUGUGUCAACUCUGGACAACUUUGCUGAGCGGUGAGGCAGACAUUGACUUCACCAGCUUGCUUGGUCUCUGUGGAAAUGAGUUGCGCCUUCCAUUCCUGGGUGAAAGACGAGUGUUUGAGAGAGCAGAAGAAGUGAUGAAGCAGAGCCUGGAGAGGGUUAACCUCUGUCUACACUGGGAUCGGACAACUCUUCUCAGUGAAGCUCUCAGCAAGACCAUUUUAAAGUGUUUAACACAUAUCAACAAACUCAGUUUUAACCCACUACAUAAUCAGAGAGGAUCCCCUGAAAAACUAGAGAAAGAACAGAAAGCAGUCCUACUAAAUUUGUGUCUACAAGCCGCACUUUAUCACAGAGAAACGUUCCAGGGAGCUGUGAACACACUGCUGUCACUCUUCUCUGUGUAUCAAACUGAGAGAUAUGACAUCCUGCUGGAUCUGUACUCACAUGUGAAGGACUAUGAGACUCAAACAGGCAGGAGUGUCCUUCCAUCAUUGAGGCCACUUUAUCAGUCAGCUCCUGCAGUCUGGUCCAUAGACCUCUCAGAGAGAAAAGCCUCCCUCCUCCUAGAAGUGCUGAAACUCGAACCAGAUAAAAAAUCUGUCGAGCUGAAAGGCUGGUCAGACAAAGAGAGUGAAGUGAGGAGUUUCCUUCAGUGUCUGCCCUACAUCUCACAGCUGAGUUUUACUUCACCACAGGAUCAGAGAAGAUCCCCUGAAGAGUGGAGAAAGAGAGAGAAGACAUUCCUACUGAAUCUGUGUCUUCAAGCAGCCCUCCAUGCGAGAGAACACAUACAAACAACUGUAGAGAAAGUGUUUUCAUUGUCUGAAGUUUAUCAUGAUCGGAAAUGGGAUUUCCUGCUGGAUCUGUACUCACAUGUGAAGGACUAUGAGACUGAAACAGGCAGGAGUGUCCUUCCAGCAUUACAGCCAGUUUACCAGUCAGCUCCUGCAGUCUGGUCCAUAGACCUCUCAGAGAGAAAGGCCUCCCUCCUCCUAGAAGUGCUGAAACUCCAACCAGAGAAGAAACCAGUAGAGCUGGAAGGCUUGUCAGAUGAAGAGAGUGAAGUGAGGAGUUUCCUUCAGUGUCUGCCCUACAUCUCACAGCUGAGUUUCUAUCCAUGGUGGUCUGACAACUCAAAGCUGAUCAAGUUCCUGGUGGGUCUCCUGUCUCAAGCAGCAGAGUGGGAGGAGCAGUCAGGAGAGAAGACACUGAAGCUGCUAUCAUCAGUGUUUACUUACAGCACUUUCCCUCUCUAUGACUGGGAUGAUUAUCAUAAGUGGUUUCAAUGUGAUUUCCUGCUGGAUCUGUGCUCACAUGUGAAGGACUAUGAGACUCAAACAGGCAGAAGUGUCCUUCCAGUAUUACAGCCAGUUUACCAGUCAGCUCCUGCGGUCUGGUACAUAGACCUCUCAGAGAGAAAGGCCUCCCUCCUCCUAGACGUGCUGAAACUCCAACCAGAGAAGAAACCAGUAGAGCUGAUGAAGUGGUCAGAUGAAGAGAGUGAAGUGAGGAGUUUCCUUCAGUGUCUGCCCUACAUCUCACAGCUGAGUUUUACUUCACCACAGGAUCAGAGUAGAUCCCAUGAAGAGUGGAGAAAGAGAGAGAAGACAUUCCUACUGAAUCUGUGUCUUCAAGCAGCCCUCCAUGCGAGAGAACACAUACAAACAACUGUAGAGAAAGUGUUUUCAUUGUCUGAAGUUUAUCAUGAUCGGAAAUGGGAUCUCCUGCUGGAUCUGUACUCACAUGUGAAGGACUAUGAGACUCAAACAGGCAGGAAUGUCCUUCCAGCAUUACAGCCAGUUUACCAGUCAGCUCCUGCAGUCUGGUCCAUAGACCUCUCAGAGAGAAAGGCCUCCCUCCUCCUAGAAGUGCUGAAACUCCAACCAGAGAAGAAACCAGUAGAGCUGGAAGGCUUGUCAGAUGAAGAGAGUGAAGUGAGGAGUUUCCUUCAGUGUCUGCCCUACAUCUCACAGCUGAGUUUCUAUCCAUGGUGGUCUGACAACUCAAAGCUGAUCAAGUUCCUGGUGGGUCUCCUGUCUCAAGCAGCAGAGUGGGAGGAGCAGUCAGGAGAGAAGACACUGAAGCUGCUAUCAUCAGUGUUUACUUACAGCACUUUCCCUCUCUAUGACUGGGAUGAUUAUCAUAAGUGGUUUCAAUGUGAUUUCCUGCUGGAUCUGUGCUCACAUGUGAAGGACUAUGAGACUCAAACAGGCAGAAGUGUCCUUCCAGUAUUACAGCCAGUUUACCAGUCAGCUCCUGCGGUCUGGUACAUAGACCUCUCAGAGAGAAAGGCCUCCCUCCUCCUAGACGUGCUGAAACUCCAACCAGAGAAGAAACCAGUAGAGCUGAUGAAGUGGUCAGAUGAAGAGAGUGAAGUGAGGAGUUUCCUUCAGUGUCUGCCUUACAUCUCACAGCUGAGUUUUACUUCACCACAGGAUCAGAGUAGAUCCCAUGAAGAGUGGAGAAAGAGAGAGAAGACAUUCCUACUGAAUCUGUGUCUUCAAGCAGCCCUCCAUGAGAGAGGAACCAUACAAACAACUGUAGAGAAAGUGUUGUCACUGUCUGAAGUUUAUCACGAUCGGAAAUGGGAUCUCCUGCUGGAUCUGUACUCACAUGUGAAGGACUAUGAGACUGAAACAGGCAGGAGUGUCCUUCCAGCAUUACAGCCAGUUUACCAGUCAGCUCCUGCAGUCUGGUCCAUAGACCUCUCAGAGAGAAAGGCCUCCCUCCUCCUGGAAGUGCUGAAACUCCAACCAGAGAAGAAACCAGUAGAGCUGGAAGGCUUGUCAGAUGAAGAGAGUGAAGUGAGGAGUUUCCUUCAGUGUCUGCCUUACAUCUCACAGCUGAGGCUGAAUGUGGGCAUGGCAGUGAGACUGGCCAGACUGGCUAGGAGGACAGGGAGAGGGGGUACUCCACUGACUGUCCCAGAACUCUCCCUGGUCCUAAAGAGCAGCCAGCCACCAGAGAGAGUGUUAUCCAGAGCUCUGAGUAGUGUGGCGUCCCUGCUGAGAUUCUGGAGGGUUCAGUGUCUGGACCUGACUGACUUCUGCAUCCAGGGUCACUCUCUCAUCACACUGCUGUGUCACCAGGACCCUCACACUCUCAGACUGAACUCAGACACUCUGCAGCAGCUGGCUGUGGCUGUGUAUGAAGCUCAGGACAAGGACUUGACUCAGUGGUUCCUGGAGAAGGUUGGUGGAGACCUGACCUCCUGCAGGCUGGACUGGGACGUGCUUCUCUCUCUGCUGCAGCAUUCAACCCACAACAUCACAGUGGACCUCAGGAAGAACAGGCUUCUAGAGAAGAACAUCUCAGAUCUUCUCCCCUUUCUGGGAAGGGUUAUAUUCAAGAGAAGGCUCAGUUCCAGCUUUGUGAAGUCCACCAUCAGACAGAUCUAUGACAGUAGAGACAGUGACUGUGUGUCCAGUUUGUUGAGGUCUUCAGACCAUUGGAUCAACCUGAACAGCAGAGAGCUGGACAGAGUGGACUGUACUGCUCUGUGUUUCACCCUGCAGCACAGCCACCAAGUCAAAGUCAACCUGCUGUGGACCUCCAUACCACCGGGGGAGAUAGAGAGCAUCCUGCCUCUUCUGGACAGAGUCUCCCAACUCAGUGUUGACAGGAAGCUGUUGCUGAGUUUCCUCCACUCCUGCGCUGCCUCUCAGAUCCUACAGGGGGCACUAUCACCACCACCAACAAUAACAACAACAGCAGCAGAGCUGCUCAGGGCUCUGCAGCACAGGUUGGACUUCUCCUGCUCCUCCUCUGUGGACCUGUCAGCUCACGACCAGGGGGAGGCGCUGUGUCUGACCACUGACCACUGUAGGGCCAUAAACUCUGUUCUGAAGCAGAGCCAACACAGCACACGGCUGGUUCAGAACCCGACCCGGAACCAGUCCCGAAACCAGCCCCAGGUGCAACUCAUCCUUAAAGACUGUGAGGUGGAGCAUGGAGCACUGAGAGAGCUGCUUCCCAUCUUGCAUAUUGUCAAGCUGAGCCCCAGCAAAGCUCUGCUACUUCAGCUGCUGGACCAUGUGUGUGAGGGGAUUGAAGAGGGGGUUCUGAAGCACGCAGAGUCCCUGUGCAGAGCCCUGGAUGGGGAGCUGGACCUCAGUAAGACCAGGCUGAACCAGAAGGCCUGUGGAUCUCUGGCCCUGGUUCUGGAACACUCAGAGGGGCUGUCAGAACUGUACCUCAACCACUGCCAACUCACAGACCACCACCUACAGCCCCUGCUCACACACCUGCACAAAGUUGAAGUCCUGGACCUGAGUCACAAUGACAUCACUGAUGCUCUGACCGACAGAAUACUCCAAUUGGUCUCUACCAACACUUCAAUACGCACCGUACGGCUCUUCAACAACAGAAUCAACGACAGAAGUCCGUUCCUGACAGACAAGAGGUUUGAGAUCUGGUGAAGCAGCAUCAGGUCCAAGUCCAGACAGAGGAAGAGAAGAUGGAUGUUGAAGAAGAGAAGAUGGAUGUUGAAGAAGAGAAGAUGGAUGUUGAAGAUGGGUGUAGUAGCUACGAAGCCUCGGCAGGGUGAGACUAGAGGGACUUUUCUGACCAGCAUCCCAUCAACCUUGACCCUAACUGUAACCUGAUUUUAACCAAUUCUUAAAUAUUGAUUUGCAUGUCAGCCACAUCCCCUUAGUUUUUAGCUGACCUCAUCAUGGUGUCAGACGAACGGCAAGUGAUUAUGGGGCUAAGGUAUUGUAAAAAUAGUUGAGACUCCAGAACUCUGGAAUGUUCUGAGUGUAAUGGAUAGGAAUGUGUAGUUCUAUUUACCUCUUACAUGGUUCUUAAACACACAGGAACAUGUGUAGUAUAACGUUUUUUGAGCUUUACUUAACUUGAUGAUUUUUGUGAUCAGUCAAUUUGUGAAAUUCCAUCAGAAGGAAUAGAUUGUAUAUGCAUUUCUAUAGUCUAGUAUUUAUCAGGUGGAUGGGAAUGUGUUCUACAGUUGCAAUGGGAGCCUUAAUACAUGAGUGUUUUGUUGCAGGUCAACUGCAUGGUAUUGUGUUACUCAGGCUAGCCUUGUUGUGGACCAAGCUUCCCUAUUCAGGAAGCCAGAGGUGUGUUGAGUUCGCUUGAACGUUUGCUACGUUGUGCAACGGUUUGUACUGAAUGACACGUUUCCCCAAAAUGUUUUUGAACAGACUUCGAGGUACAUUUGGUGGGUGUGGCGAGGUGUGGCUUGAAGCAAUGAGUGACAUAUUUUUAUUUUUAAAGGGCAGUGGCCAUGCUGACAGCAUUCUCCAACCCACAACCCAACCCUUCCCCAUUUUUCAACUGGUUGUUCAGUACAUCACCGUUUCCGUACAAUUGAACCGUUUCAGAAUGUAAAAACAUACUGAUCGCAGCCCUGGUGAAGUCCAUGGUAGAAAGUAACUACAAGUGUGGUGGAAACCAUUGAAGCCUCGCAACACGUCAAACCAAUCAAUUGCCUUGCUUUGGCCGAGCACUAAAGGUGCCCACUAGUGCCGUAGGAGCAACAGUGUGAGUGGAUGCCCAGGAAGUUGCUGAUGUAUAACAUAGCCUUUAUGUACACAUACCAUAACAAAAUGUAUUUAGUAGAGCAGUUGUAAUACCUUCAUCGACUUGUGAAGAACAUUACACGCAGCUUCCCUUUUAGGGGCAUGUGGGGGAGGUUUCUUGAAAUAUAACAUCCAAUCAAAAUGUAGCCGCUGGAACCUAGCAGACCAUUCUAACUGUUUUGGCUAAUACAAAAUUCUCCAGACCUCCAAAGGAGGCAUGACAACAAUGUGAUUUUGGAGGUAUGGCUACAUGAGACUAGUACAAGCCUUUCUCAUAUCAAAACAGACAAACUAUAAGAAAUAAUAUAUGAAUAUUUUGUGUUUUUAAUAAAUGUACCUUGAGGCCCAUGA